AUGGCUGAAACCAAAAUUAUUUAUCACAUCGACGAAGAGGAGACGCCAUACUUGGUGAAGAUCCCAAUUGCUGCCGAAAACAUAACUUUGCUGGAUUUUAAACAAGUGUUGAACAAGCCAAACUACAAAUUCUUCUUCAAGUCUAUGGAUCAAGACUUUGGAGUGGUCAAAGAAGAAAUCUCAGAUGAUGCGGCCAAGUUGCCCUGUUUCAACGGAAGGGUGGUGUCAUGGUUGGUAUCAUCUGAUGGCCCGGCCGGAGAUGCACCGGUGCCGCCAAUCGCUCCUGUGGAAACGCCGCCUCAGCCUUCGCCCCCACCCCCUCCGCUGCCUCCACCCCCAGUCGAAAGAACAGGGGGGAUCGGAGACUCCAGGCCCCCCUCCUUCCAUCCAAAUGCAACUGGCAGCGUGGAGACAUUGGACGACCAGACUGAAACAGAGUCUGUGGUUUCAUUUAGGAGAGAGCGGCCACGACACAGAGAGGGGAUGGAUCAGCACGGGCCCCGGAUGAAUGGACAAACUCGAAUGGAGCGCCACCUAGCGGGAUAUGAGAGCUCGAGCACUAUGAUGAGCAGCGAGCUGGAAACUACAAGCUUUUGUGACUCUGAUGAUGAUGAUACCAUGAGUAGGUUUAGCAGUGCAACAGAGCAAAGUACAGCUUCUAGGCUUCUUAAGAGACAUCGCAGACGCAGGAAACAGCGUCCUCCACGUUUAGAAAGGGCCUCCUCUUUCAGUAGUGUGACAGACUCCACUAUGUCUCUGAACAUAAUCACAGUCACACUUAAUAUGGAAAAGUACAACUUUCUUGGAAUCAGCAUUGUUGGUCAGAGCAAUGAAAGGGGAGAUGGCGGCAUCUACAUCGGCUCCAUCAUGAAGGGAGGAGCUGUGGCUGCAGACGGACGCAUCGAGCCUGGAGACAUGUUACUACAAGUCAAUGAUAUCAACUUUGAAAACAUGAGUAAUGAUGACGCUGUCCGAGUCCUGAGAGAGAUUGUGCAUAAACCAGGACCCAUUAUUCUCACAGUAGCCAAGUGCUGGGAUCCUUCUCCUCAGGGUUACUUCACAUUGCCACGCAAUGAACCGAUCCGGCCCAUCGAUCCUGCGGCGUGGGUCAGUCACUCUGUGGCCAUGACGGGAGCUUACCCUCCGUACCCAGGCAGCUCUUCUCUCAGCACCAUCACCUCUUCCUCCUCCGUCACAGAGACAGAACGUUUUGAUGACUUCAACUUGUCGCUCCAUUCAGACAUGGCGUCAGUUGCCAAAGCAAUGGCUUCUCCAGAGUCUGGUUUGGAGGUCAGAGAUCGAAUGUGGCUGAAAAUAACAAUCCCCAACGCUUUUCUUGGGUCGGAUGUAGUGGAAUGGCUUUUCCACCACAUUGAAGGCUUCACAGAUCGCCGUGAAGCCAGAAAGUAUGCAAGCAACCUCCUGAAGGCAGGCUUCAUUCGACACACUGUCAACAAGAUUACUUUCUCUGAACAAUGUUACUACGUCUUUGGAGACUUGAGUGAUUGUGAAAACUAUAUGGCAAACCUGUCACUAAAUGACAAUGAUGGCUCCAGUGGAGCCUCAGAUCAGGACACCCUUGCUCCCCUGCCCCUCCCUGGGGCCUCCCCCUGGCCCAUGAUGCACACAUUCCCCUAUCAACCGUAUCCGACACACCCAUACUCCAGCCAGCCGCCGCCCUACCACGAGCUCACUAGUUACAGCUAUGCCCCUGGCAGCACAGGCAGCCAGCACAGCGAAGGUAGCCGAAGCAGUGGUUCAACCAGAAGUGAGGGAGAGCGGCGGCGCAGCAGUAAAGGCCCUGGCAGCACGGUUGGUGGAGGGGAGAAGUCGCCCUCUGGUGGGCUUCCGGACGGCUGCGGAGACUCUCGUUCAGGCAGUGGCAGUGAAUCUGAAUACUCCACCAGGAGCAGCAUAAGACGAGGUCAUGGAUCAGCUGCUCCCAGCGAGCACAGUCACACCUCACAACGCUCCUCACACCACCACCGUAUGCCCCAGGCCCCUCACAUGUCUCCAUACCCACCAGGGAUCUUACCCUACAACCCCAUGAUGGUAAUGAUGGUACCCCAGCACCCCCAUCCCGCUAUGGCAACCGCACAUGCUCUUCCACAUGCUCAACAAAUGGCCACAGCCUCCAUGCAUCCGGCCUUAACCCCUCUGCCAUCCAACACUCCAGGAGGACCUCCUGGAGCACCUCCCACUCGUGACCUAGGCUCUGUGCCUCCAGAACUGACUGCAUCUCGCCAGUCUUUCCAUUUGGCCAUGGGCAACCCCAGCGAGUUCUUUGUGGAUGUCAUGGUUAGUCGGUCACAGACACUUCAGACACCGCAGACAGACCGCAGGACUGCACAGGACACAAAAAUCAUGCUGCUCCGAAAUGUAAGCAGGUCCUCUGCGCUGUGUAGCGCGGCCCUCAAAGGGCCCUCCGUGUUGUUGGGAGGCCAGCUUCAGGUCGGUGCUGUGCGGGGUUCACAACAUGCUCGACUCUACGCCAGUCAGUCAGCCCAGGCGGUGCUGGAGAAGCCUGCUGCAGUUGGAGCUGAUGUUGUCACCAAAGCAGAAACAAAAGCAGCGCCAGUUGAAUCAAAGUCCUUUGCUGUAAAUAUUUUCAAAGGACAAAUUGCCACUCCUCAAGUGUUCCCUUAUCCUUCAGCGUUGAAUGAAGAGCAGGAGGAAUUCCUCCGGGAACUCGUUGGACCCUGUGCCAAAUUCUUUGAAGAGGUGAAUGAUCCCGCUAAGAAUGAUGCCCUGGAGAAGGUUGAGGAUCAUACCAUGCAGGGGCUCAAAGAGAUGGGUGCUUUUGGUCUGCAGGUCCCCGCUGACCUGGGCGGCCUGGGGCUCUCAAAUACACAGUAUGCCAGACUGGUGGAAAUUGUUGGUAGUCAUGACCUUGGUGUUGGAAUCACUCUCGGUGCUCAUCAGUCUAUUGGCUUUAAAGGAAUUCUGCUCUUUGGAAACCCUGCUCAGAAGGAGAAGUACCUGCCAAAACUAGCAACAGGGGAGGAUUUGGCAGCCUUUUGUCUCACUGAGCCGGCCAGUGGCUCUGAUGCUGCUUCUAUUAAAACCACUGCAGUGCAGUCUCCCUGUGGCACAUACUUUACACUGAAUGGAAGCAAGAUCUGGAUCAGCAAUGGUGGCCUGGCAGAAAUCUUCACAGUAUUUGCUAAAACCCCCAUGAAGGACCCAAAGACAGGAGAGAUGAAGGACAAAAUCUCUGCAUUCAUUGUAGAGCGGAGCUUUGGUGGAGUGACAAGUGGCCCCCCAGAAAAAAAGAUGGGCAUCAAGGCAUCCAACACUGCCGAAGUGUACUUUGACAAUGUCUGCGUGCCGGCAGACUGUCUGCUCGGAGAGGUGGGCAGUGGCUUCAAAGUGGCCAUGAACAUCCUGAACAACGGGCGCUUUGGUAUGGCUGCUGCUCUGUCUGGAACCAUGAAAGGUGUUAUUACGAAAGCGGUGGAUCACGCAGUCAACAGAACCCAGUUUGGAAGCAAGAUUCACACGUAUGGGGCCAUCCAGGAGAAAUUGGCGCGAAUGGCUAUGCUUCAUUAUGUUACGGAGUCUCUGGCCUACAUGGUCAGCGGAAACAUGGAUAGCGGGGCGACUGAGUUCCAGAUUGAAGCUGCUAUCAGCAAGAUAUUUGCUUCUGAAGCGGCAUGGAUUGUGACCGAUGAGUGCAUUCAGGUCAUGGGCGGGAUGGGAUACAUGAAGGACUCUGGCGUAGAGAGAGUGAUGAGAGAUUUGAGAAUUUUCCGUAUUUUUGAGGGAACCAAUGACAUCCUCAGACUGUUCGUGGCCCUCAAUGGCUUCCAGAGUGCAGGGAACCAGCUCAAGGCUCUGCAGAAAGCUCUCAAGAACCCAAUCGGAAACGCUGGCCUGUUCGCCGGAGAGCUCACGAAGAGAGUCAAAAGAAAGGCAGGUUUGGGCACUGGUCUGAGUCUUCAGGGGAAUAUUCACCCAGAGCUGGCUCAAAGUGGCGACUUGGCUGUCCAAGCUAUCGAGAACUUUGGAGCUGCAGUUGAGGAGCUGCUGAUCAAACAUGGAAAGAAUAUAAUCAAUGAGCAGUUUGUCCUGAAGAGGGUGGCAGACUGGGCCAUUGACAUUUAUACCAUGGUGGUGGUUCUGUCCAGAGCGUCACGUUCUCUGAGCCAGGGACAGGCCUCCGCUCAGCACGAGAAGAUGCUGUGUGACACCUGGUGCAUUGAGGCCCAUGAGAGGGUCAUGAGGGACAUAAAGAACAUGCGGUCCAGUGAAUCCAAGCAGGUGUUCAGAAACCUGAAGGCCGUGUCCACCGCCAUGGUUGAGAAUGGGGGAGUGGUGACCAUGCAUCCACUGGGAUUCUAA